UAUAUAAGUAACGUCUUAAAUGAGCGCAUGUGGGUAAAUAAAGGCCAUCGUCAUGCUUUAAAAUUCCCAACUGCGUGGCGUGAAGCGUGACGAAUCAAAUCACGUGACUUUUAAGCCAAUGGAAAAAACAGGAAUGCAGAAACAGGCGGAGCAAAACUCUAUGUGUUUUCCCGCCCUGUACGUCACUGGCUGUCUGACUGAUCUCAGUUAGCAAUGGGAGCUUACAUCAGCUGGCAGAGGCUGUGACAGAAGGGAUUUGGCUGGUGUGGAACCCAGUUGGUAGAUAUGGUGAGGCACAGCGUAAUGACGGAGCUUCAAACCAUCCAGCAGUCUCUCCAGGGUAACUCCCUGGGUAUGGGCCAAGUAGGGGGAAAACAGGAGAAUGGGAACACCACAGAGGAACAACAGCACAUCUCCCAAGGCCCAGCAGAGAUGGCGACAAGCCAGCCAGUGAACAUCCCAGAUGCAGCGAAAAGAAAGAAGAAGAAACGAACUAGAGCGACAGACAGCUCCACAGGCACUUUUGAUGAUCUCUACAAAUUGACAGAUGAGGUGCUUGGUCAAGGAGCAUAUGCUAAAGUUCAAGGAUGUGUGAGCCUGCAGAAUGGACAGGAGUUUGCAGUGAAGAUCAUAGAAAAAAGUGCGGGGCACAGUCGCAGCAGAGUAUUUCGAGAAGUGGAGACUCUCUACCAGUGUCAAGGAAACAAAAACAUUUUGGAGCUGAUCCAGUUCUUUGAAGACAACUCCUGCUUUUAUUUGGUAUUUGAAAAGCUGCGUGGAGGCUCCAUUCUUACACACAUUCAGAACCGUAAGCACUUUGAUGAACUGGAGGCCAGCAAGGUAGUCAGGGACAUUGCCCUAGCUCUUGACUUUCUACACACAAAGGGUAUUGCCCACAGAGACCUUAAGCUGGAAAACAUACUCUGUGAAUACACUGAUCAAGUGUCACCAGUAAAGAUCUGUGACUUUGAUCUGGGAAGUGGUGUAAAGCUCAGCAGUGCUUGUACUCCCAUAACAACUCCAGAGCUCACCACACCGUGUGGCUCAGCAGAGUAUAUGGCUCCAGAAGUAGUGGAAGUGUUCACCGAUGAAGCCUCCUUUUAUGACAAGCGCUGUGACUUGUGGAGUCUUGGUGUCAUCCUCUACAUCCUGUUGAGUGGAAGCCCCCCCUUCACAGGCCACUGUGGCACGGACUGUGGCUGGGACCGUGGAGAAACAUGCAGAGCGUGUCAGAGUCACCUGUUUGACAGCAUUCAGCAGGGAAAAUAUGAGUUUCCAGAGAAGGACUGGGCCCAUAUCACAGAGGGAGCCAAAGAUCUAAUCUCCAAGCUUUUGGUUCGGGAUUCUACUCUACGCCUCAGUGCUGCUCAGGUUCUCAAGCACCCUUGGGUGCAGGGGAAUGCACCAGAGAGAGGUCUUCCAACUCCUCGUGUUCUACAGAGGAAUAGCAGCACCAAAGACCUGACACAGUUUGCGGCAGAAGCCAUUGCCUUUAACCGGCAGCUAUCCCAGCAUGACGAGCAGCAGGAGGACGUCGGUGCUAUUGUUUGCUCCAUGAGGCUGUCUCCUCCUUCCAACUCCAGACUGGCCCGCAGACGGGCACAGUCAAAUGCUCUACGCAGCAGGGACUUCGUACCCACUUCUGAUGACCCCGCAGCCUAGCAUAUCGGCACAACUUUGCCCAUCUUGUUUUCUGAGGGAUUUCAGCUUCCACCUGCACCUCUUUGAGUGUUUUUUUUGUCUUCACAGGGAGCCUUGUAGGAUCAGCCACACUUUAUCAGAGGUGACAGACCGUUUCUGGUGCUAAAGCUCUUCUUCAUGGCCAGUAAUCUUAUCAUCUAGAUGGCAUUUGGGCACCAGCAAGACCGUUAAUCCUCAGCUACCACUUCCUAAUUGAAAACAGUUUUAAGCUGCCUGAGUUUAAGCAACAACUGUCUCAUGUGAGAGCAGCCAUUGGCUUUUUAAAAUGAAUAUAAAAUUAUGUACAGAUUUAUUUAUGGCUUAUGAUGAUCCAGAACAACAAAAACCUCUCAAUGCCAGCAGGUUGUAUUAAAGUACAUAUCAUUACCAGAACAGCAUUUUAGAGGUUUUGAACAGUUGUGCAACGUUUGCUGUCCAAAUGCAACAUCCAUUUUUUUUUAUGGGUUUUAUUUCUCUCUUUGUGAAGCUGUGAAUUGGUUUUUUGUAGCUUAAAUGCUAUUUAGUUACUGAUAAAAAGGGAUUAUCUUUGCUUUUUACAAGCAUAUUUGUGUAUGUGAUUUAAUGCAUGUGGGUGUAUUUAAAAGAUAGAGAUGGAUGACACUUGGAGGAGACUGGGCUUUUUUAUAUUUUUUUAAAUUCAUAUCUUUUAAAGUGAUUAUAUGAUAUACUACACAACUACCUGAAAGCACGGGUAGAACUAAUAUAAAGUUUAGGAAGGAGAAGGGAUAUUGAUGAUCUUACUAUAUCUAGCUUUCACUUCAACACAAGCUACCUGUAGCACUGAAGUACUUUAAAAUGUUUUUUUUUUUUACCUGAAUGCGAAGAAUCUUAUAAUUUAAAGCAUCUGUUUUAGUCCA